AAGACAAUGGAGAGAGAGAGAGUGUGGGGUUCGUAAAGUUCAGUAACAAAAAAAAGGUUGACAAAGUGAGUGCAAAGCCAAAAACAAAAAAAGAUGUGAAAAAUGGUAACACUCUAAACAUCCAUAACACCAUCACAUCACCAAUGCCUACUCUUUCUCCCUCACUCAUUCUUCUUUCCUUCUCCAAAUCGCAAUAAAUAAAAUCUCGCGGCAAAAUCUUUUUCUCUUUUUUCUCUCAUUCAUUGAUUUUCCGAUGGGAUUGUCGCGCAACGCGGCGUCGCAGCCGGAGAUCGAUGACGGCGGCGGCGGCGGCGACAUUGGAUUCGGUGCGAUCCGCGGCGGAUUCCCCUUCAAGCGGAACCCUAGCCACCACCGGCACCGUGGCUCCUUCGAUCGGCAAUUGCCGCGUUCGAACAACAACAGCAACAGCAACAACAAUAUCAACCGAUCUCACCUCCACAAGCGCAAGGGCUUGUUGCUGUGGCUCUUUCCGUUCCCCAAGUCCAAGUCCGGAUUCUACGCCUUCAUCAUCGCCGUCGUCUUCCUCUUCGCCCUCGCCUCCCUGGUCAUGCAGAGCUCCAUUACCUCCGUCUUCCGCCAGCGCGCCGAGCGCGCCAGCUACAUCCGCGGAGGAAUCCGCUUCGGCUCCGCGCUCCGCUUCGUCCCCGGGAAGAUUUCGCAGCGGUUCCUCUCCGGCGAUGGACUCGAUCCGGUUCGCUCCCAGCCGAGAAUUGGCGUUCGCGCGCCAAGGAUAGCUCUCAUAUUAGGGCACAUGACGAUAGAUCCCCAGUCAUUGAUGUUGGUUACUGUGAUUCGGAAUCUACAGAAGUUGGGUUAUGUCUUUAAGAUAUUUGCAGUAGGACAUGGGAAGGCCCGCUCAAUAUGGGAAAACAUAGGUGGCGGAAUCUCUCCUUUGAGUGCAAAGCAUCAAGGCCUGAUCGAUUGGUCAAUUUUUGAAGGUAUCAUUGUUGACUCCCUAGAAGCAAAAGUAGCCAUUUCAAGCGUUAUGCAGGAUCCUUUUUGUUCUGUACCAUUAAUAUGGAUUAUUCAAGAAGAUAGCCUUUCAAGUCGCCUUCCAGUUUAUGAGCAAAUGGGUUGGGAGCAUAUUGUUUCUCAUUGGAGAAGUGCUUUUAGCAGAGCUGGUGUUGUUGUGUUUCCAGAUUUUACUUAUCCGAUGUUAUAUAGUGAGCUUGACACUGGAAACUUCUUUGUGAUUCCUGGAUCACCAGUGGAUGUGUGGGCUGCAGAAAGCUAUAGUAAGACCCAUGCAAAGGAUCAGCUAAGAGAACUUAGUGGAUUUGGUAAAAAUGAUAUGUUGGUUCUAGUUGUUGGGAGCUCUGUCUUCUAUGAUAACCUAUCUUGGGACUAUGCUGUUGCAAUGCAUUCCGUAGGGCCUCUGCUGACAAAAUAUGCAAGGAGGAAUGGUGCAACUGACUCAUUUAAAUUUGUUUUCUUAUGUGGCAAUUCCACUGAUGGUUAUGAUGAUGCUUUACAGGGAGUUGCUUUACGUAUGGGACUUCCUCAUGGUUCCAUAAGGCAUUAUGGCUUGAAUGGUGAUGUGAAUAGUGUGUUACUAAUGGCUGAUAUCAUCCUAUAUGGUUCUGCUCAAGAGGUGCAGGGUUUUCCUCCAUUAUUAAUCAGAGCAAUGACUUUUGAAAUUCCAGUCGUUGUACCUGAUUUUCCAGUGUUAAAAAAAUAUAUUGUGGAUGGAGUUCACGGGAUAUUUUUUUCUAAACACAAUCCUGAAGCUUUGAUGAAUGCUUUUUCACUUUUGCUUUCAAAUGGAAGACUUUCUAAAUUUGCUCAAGCAAUUGCAUCAUCUGGAAGACAACUUGCUAAAAAUGUACUAGCUCUGGAUUGCAUAACUGGCUAUGCAAGGCUUCUGGAGAAUGUACUCAAUUUUCCCUCAGAUGCUUUACUGCCUGGUCCUGUUUCUCAGAUUCAACAGGGGUCAUGGGAAUGGAAUUUAUUCCGAAAUGAAAUAGACUUGUCAAAGAUAGAUGGUGAUUUUUCCAAUAGAAAAGUUUCCAUUGUUUAUGCUGUUGAGCAUGAGUUGGCAAGUCUUAAUUAUUCAACAAGCAUCUUUGAGAAUGGAACAGAGGUUCCACUGCGAGAUGAACUAACCCAAUUGGAUUGGGAUAUUUUGAGAGAAAUUGAAAUAUCUGAAGAGAAUGAAAUGUUUGAAGUGGAAGAGGCUGAAGAGAGAAGGGAGAAAGGUGUUGGCGUAUGGGAUGAUAUAUAUCGUAAUGCUAGAAAAUCUGAGAAACUGAAGUUUGAAGUCAAUGAGAGGGAUGAAGGGGAGCUUGAGAGAACAGGACAACCUGUGUGCAUUUAUGAGAUAUACAAUGGUGCCGGAGUGUGGCCAUUUUUGCACCAUGGUUCUCUCUAUCGUGGGUUAAGCCUUUCUAGAAGAGCGCAGAGACAAAGUUCUGAUGAUGUGGAUGCAGUUGGUCGUUUGCCUCUUUUGAAUGACACAUAUUAUCGGGACAUUCUCUGUGAAAUGGGGGGAAUGUUUGCAAUUGCAAAUAGGGUGGAUAACAUUCACAGGAGGCCUUGGAUUGGGUUUCAAUCAUGGCGUGCGGCUGGUAGGAAGGUAGCUUUGUCAGCGAAAGCUGAAAAGGUCCUGGAAGAGACAAUGCAAGAGAAUUUUAGAGGAGAUGUCAUAUAUUUUUGGGGACGUUUUGACAUGGAUCAGAGUGUCAUAGGAAACCACAAUGCAAAUUCUUUUUGGUACAUGUGUGACAUUUUAAAUGGAGGCAACUGCAGAACUGUUUUUCAAGAAGGCUUCCGCCAGAUGUAUGCAUUGCCCCCCCAUGCAGAAGCACUGCCCCCCAUGCCUGAAGAUGGUUAUUGGUCAGCACUGCACAGCUGGGUGAUGCCAACCCCUUCUUUCUUGGAGUUCAUAAUGUUCUCUCGGAUGUUUGUUGAUUCCAUUGAUGCUCUGCACAGAGACUCCACUAAAUACAGCUUGUGCUUGUUAGGAUCUUCAGAGAUUGAGAAGCACUGCUACUGUCGCGUGUUGGAACUUCUCAUCAAUGUAUGGGCUUAUCAUAGUGCACGAAAGAUGGUAUAUAUAAAUCCUAACACUGGUUCUAUGGAAGAGCAGCACCCAAUUGAACAACGGAAAGGUUUUAUGUGGGCAAAAUACUUCAAUAUUUCAUUGUUGAAAAGUAUGGACGAAGAUCUGGCCGAGGCUGCAGAUGAUGGUGACCAUCCAAGGGAAAUGUGGUUGUGGCCAAUGACAGGAGAGGUACACUGGCAAGGGAUUUAUGAAAGGGAGAGGGAAGAAAGGUACAGGCUAAAAAUGGAUAAAAAAAGAAAAACAAAAGAAAAACUAUUUGAAAGAAUGAAGUAUGGUUACAAGCAGAAAUCACUUGGACGAUAAGACUUGAAAUUUAGUCAAACACUUUGUGAACCCAUUUUUGCUUCAGUCGGGAAAAUUGUCUCGCAAAUUGGAGAGGCUUUGAUUCUAACAUUGGCACAGAUCAUAGAGACAGUAUUGUUUCUUUCUUCAUUAACUGAAUACGUAUACUCUCAAUCCUCAGUCUCAGCAAAGGAGUUUCCCAUCUUCUGCUGUUCAUUAAUUUCACGGCCUUUUUUCAUGGUCAAUUAUUGCAGCACAGAAGACACAGGUUGUUCCACUUCGAAGUGUACUCAUAGUCUAUAGAAAUGCAUCCUCCAAUUACAUUUGAUUUAGCUUAAAUUUUUAUUCUUUCAUUAUUGUAUAGUAUUUGGUAAAACACUAGUGGCAAUUUUGAGUAGAAUAAUGGCUGGUUUUCACGUGAAUCGUAUCUGUAUUAUUAUUGUUGCUGCGCUACUGCUGUUAUUUUUUCAGUAGAAAGCAAAUAGCUAGUAAAAUAAAAACAUUCCGCUGGUA